AAUGGAGUUUAAAUCAAGGGAAGUAACUGUUAUGCAUCGUCGUUUUGAGAUCUUUGUUGAUGUGUGGAUUUCUGACUCUUUUCUUCGAUGGCUGAUAAAAUGAGCGGGGCAGGUGAACGGAUGUUUCACAAGGGAGGUGAUGGCAAGCCCAGAGGAUUUGGAUUUGGAGGAUUUGCCCUAGGAAAGAAGGAAGAUGGGGGACAGCCCAAGGCUCUCUCGGGGUUUGCCGGAGUGCCAGGAAUGGCCGGGAACUCCAGCACCUACAUGCCCGGCCGAACACUGGGCUACCACAUGAACCUGGGCAAGAAGAGGGUGAAGAGUGAAGAAGAGUACUUUGACGAUGAUGAGGAGGAGUCUGGCUUGGACUACCUGCCAGCCCCUGGGAGCCCCGGCACCAACCGCAAUGACAGCGACAGUGAUGACCCCCUGGAUGCCUUCAUGGCCGGCCUUGAGAACAAUCUAACAACAGGGCAGCCCACAAGCGCCAGUUUCAGUGCAGGGGUGAAGGAGGAGAAGAAGAAAGUGGAUACAAAGGGUGUGCGCGACGACAUCGACCAGGAAGAUGAGAUGGAGUCCUACUUCCGCUACAUGGAAGAAAACCCUAUGGCUGGUGUCAUUGUGGAUGAGGACGACGGCAUCGAGUAUGAUGAAGAUGGUAACGUCAUCCUCCCUGAGCGGAAUAAGAUAAUUGACCCCCUGCCGCCAAUGGACCACUCGGAUAUAGACUACAACAGUUUCAUCAAGAACUUCUAUGUGGCCCACGAUGACAUCAAGACGCUGACAAAGCAGGAAGUGGACGACCUUCGCUUCAAACUUGGGAUCAAGGUGUCUGGUGUUGAUCCCCCAAGACCUGUCACAAGCUUCGCCCACUUUGGCUUUGAUGAGCAGCUGCUGCACACGGUUCGCAAGGCGGAGUACUCACAACCCAUGCCCAUUCAGGCCCAGGGCGUUCCCAUAGCGAUGAGUGGCAGGGACAUCAUCGGUAUUGCCAAGACCGGAAGUGGAAAGACUGCAGCAUUCGUGUGGCCUCUACUCAUCCACAUCAUGGAUCAGAAAGAGUUAGAGCCUGGAGAUGGACCAGUUGGCUUGAUCCUGGCACCAACGAGAGAAUUGUCGCAACAGAUAUAUCAAGAGGCUAAGAAGUUCGGGAAAGUGUACAACAUCCGUGUGGUGUGCGCGUACGGAGGAGGCAGCAUGUGGGAGCAGACCAAGGCGUGUCAGGAGGGCUGCGAGAUCAUUGUGGCCACGCCCGGCCGGUUGAUUGACCUGGUGAAGAAAAAGGCUACCAACCUGCGGCGAGUGACGUACCUUGUGUAUGACGAGGCGGACCGCAUGUUUGACAUGGGCUUUGAGCCACAAGUGAGAUCCAUAGCCAACCAUGUCCGCCCAGACCGACAGACUCUGCUGUUCAGCGCCACCUUCAGGCGGAGAGUGGAGAAACUGGCUCGGGACAUCCUCAUCGACCCGAUCCGUGUUGUGCAGGGGGAAGUGGGAGAGGCUAACGAGGACAUCACCCAGGUAGUGGAAGUCCUGCCUCCUGGUCCAGCCAAGUGGACAUGGCUCAUCAAGCGACUGGUUGAGUUCACAUCAACGGGCUCCGUGUUGAUCUUUGUGACAAGGAAGAUGAACAGUGAGGAACUUGCCACCAAUCUCAAGGCCAGGGACUUCACCGUUGGUCUACUUCACGGAGACAUGGACCAGACAGAGAGGAAUAAUGUCAUCUCCGCCUUUAAGAAGAAGGAGAUGCCCAUACUCGUGGCCACAGAUGUUGCUGCACGUGGUCUCGACAUCCCCCACAUCCGGACAGUAGUCAAUUACGAUGUCGCCAGAGACAUUGACACUCACACACACAGAAUAGGCCGGACUGGAAGAGCAGGAGAGAAGGGCUUUGCUUACACAUUGAUCACUGAGAAGGACAAGGAAUUCGCUCCCCACCUCGUCCGCAACUUGGAAGGAGCCAAUCAGAAUGUGCCGUCAGCUCUCAUGGAUAUCGCAAAUCAGUGUCAGUGGUUCAAGAAGAAUCGCUUCAAGAAGGGCCAGGGAAAGAGAAUGGGCGGCAAAGGACUCGGCUUCAAGGAAAGACCGGGACUGGGAUCUGAAAAUAGCACUCGGGUUCAGGAAUCAACAAGUUUCUCCAGUUACCGGGGCUUGGGUUCAUCUGGACCUCAGGGGGACAGACUCACCUCCAUGAAGACAGCCUUCGCUGCUCAGUUCAAGGCCAACUUCACCGCUGCCACAGAGGAGGGUGUCCCAUCAGUCGUCCACGGAAUCAAGGGAGGAAUUCAACAACCGCAGACCCGGAGGAAGAAGACUCGCUGGGAAUGAUGGGAUACCUGUGUACCUGUGCACCUGUGUUGUUGACUGACAGUGGUAGUAUUACUGUGCUGCCUGCUCUUGAUCCUGUGCAGCAGUUGUUUAUCUGCAGAUCCAUCCAGGGUUAUGGAUCAGGUAUUAUGUCGAGAGUACUUGACUGUUUUCUCCUGCGUCAUGAGAUCAGUGGCAUUAGGUGAUGUGGAGAUCUGGGAUGCUGUCAUCCUGACAUUGUUCAUCUUUGCACUACCAUCUGGCUGUUUGUGAAUGUGAUCUUUUUGUGAUUUUUUUGAAAAUUGUUUGAAGAUAUGACAA